GCAGAGACGAGUUCUUGGCAAGCCUCCCUCCAAAGGGAGUCGGUUUCCUGCCUCUCUUGGUCAUCAAGGCUGAGCCGAGCCAGGACCAAACAUUCAAGCAGUGGGAGCUCCGAGGAGGCGCAGCGAUUCUCUGUGACAAAGGCAUCUCGAUUCCAACCCGUUCCAACCCUGCUGCCUCUCCCGACCCCCCUGGAAAGGACCAAGGCUGGAGUGGAGAAGGGCAGAGCUGAGCCGCCUGCUUCUCCCGUGUCCCGCCACCAAGCACCACAGCCCUGCGGAGAGCUGCCCUCCAGGAGCACCCCUGCCCCUAGACACGGGCUAAGUAAGAGGAGCGAGAGGGUCGAGGAGAAGAAGCAAGGAGUCAAGGCGCUAUGGAGACGGGAUGGUGCCUGGCGGUCCUCCUCCUGGCCCGGAGCGUUGUGACAGCAGGAGAGAGCCCAGUGGAUGAUGCAGGCUGCACCCUUCAACCAGUCAGGAAUGACCAACGAGUCAAAAUGCUCUACACAACUAGCAGGGUUACAAGCGGUUGCGUGGGCCGUGGGCCCAGAGACACCAACAUGGAAGUCCAUAUUAUUAACCUGAAGUACAGCAUCCCACAGAUGCCCAUGAUCCAGUUCAGUGUCAAUGUGUCAGCAGCGAAAGGAGGCCGGAAGGUGGUUUUUGUGGUGAACUCCAACACGCACUCCGUUCUGAAUGUAAAUACAGGGGAUCACCGCCUUGCCUUCGUCACGGAUGUGCAUAAACUCACGGUCAUCGGGUUCAACAAAGAAAUCAACAAAACCGAUUUGUCUUCCUCCAAUGAGGAAAUCCUAAAUUGGGCCAAAGCUUAUUAUGGGGGUGUCAGCACCUUCGUAGAAUUGGAAGACCCUCGGAAGAUUAACUUUCAAAUCAACAGAGAGCCCAGCUCCUCCAAGGAAUGUGUACCUGAGAGCUAUUUCGAUGCUGAGCAGUACCUAGAGGCUGAGUUUGACUCUGACAAUACCAAGAGCUGUCUGGAUUCCACUGUACACCCUGGGAGAGAGGCCCACAUCAUGUGGCUCCAACAGAGUCCUCCAGACUCUGGCACACAGGCUGUGGAUCUGAACAUCAAAGUGACAUGCAGUAAUGGGAAACCAGCUAAGGAGCUGACAACACUACUAGUGCUUAAAAGCCAUGAGAGGAUGUUUUGGAACAUUGAUCAGACGCCUGAAUAUGUGAAAUUCAUGGUGUCAGGAAAAUACUCCAUUAAGAAAAUAACCAAGGAGCCAAUUAACGGUACUGUCCUCCCAGACAGCGAAGAAGGCCUGAUCAAAGAAGCCCGUGACAAGAACUUUGCCUUCAUUGCUUCCUACACAGAAAUUCCAGCUGCCAAAAGCAUCACCCUUGAGUUGGUCCGGGACUGUAGUGAAGGAAAGAAAAUCGAGGUGACGACAGCACCACACAGCAAGAGUUCAGAACCGUCCGAGGUGGUUCGAGCGCUGAUAAAACUUUGCCCUCCAUGGAAGUGCACAGAGAAUGCCAUUGAGGUGGCAUUUCCCAAGACGCUCUUGGAGAUGUCACGGAUUGACAUCACUGAGAUGACUUUGGAGGACCCUGCCUGCAGAGCAACUGACAACAUGACACAUUUUGUCCUAAAAAGCAUCGUAGAAGAUUGCUCUACCAACUUAGAAGGGGGCAUUCAUGCCAAAAAUCAGCUGGUCCUGACCCUGGCUUCGCAUCCAGAUAAAAUUACGGUGCCAUUUCAGUGUGAUCUCCCAGAGAAGCUCUUUCUCCAUCUUUACCAGACGCCUGACUUCAGCUCACCAUCCACCACUGUGGUAGAAGUUAACAAAGUCACCUACGUCCAGGUGUCAUUCCAGACAGCUGAUGGGAACUCUCCUCUUCGACUCCAGGACUGUUACCUGCAAAUCCCUGACCAAACAUCCCCACAAAUGCUGAUCCGCAGUGGUGUGCCAAAAAGCUAUUCUGUGGAGAUCUUGAAUUCCCCCAACACAAAGACCAGUCGCUUUAGUUUCAUCUACAAGGCUGAAGAACAACAACAUUCAACUUUGUCGGCCACACUCUUUUGCCAAGCAGAUCGGGAGAACCAGCAUGGCUCCUAUAAUGCUUCCAUAAAGGUGAUGCUCAAGAAUCCUGCCUCUCCAUCUCACGGCCUGGGGAUCGGAACUGUGCUGGGAAUAACUUUUGGUGCCUUUUUAAUCGGAGUCAUGCUCACCGCAACGCUGUGGUACAUCUACUCUCACACUCGUCCGAUGGCCAAGAUGCAACCGGUCUCAGCAAACCCCCCAGCCUCAGAGAGCAGCAGCACCAACCACAGCAUCGGCAGCACACAGAGCACCCCCUGUUCCACCAGCAGCAUGGCAUAGCAGCCCCCAAACUAAGGACUGGGCACAACUGACUCUCGACACCUCCUUGUGGGCAGUGUCAGAACAGCGGACAAGUUGAACUCCUCUGGGUCAGGCACACGAAAAGCCUUUAUGAAAAGAGCUGAAAACAAGCAAAGAGGUUUCAUGGUUUCCCCCCACCCCAUCCCAAAGCUCCUAAUACUCAGGGGUGACUAUUUUCAGCCAGCACUUUAAACCAACUCCUUGGACAGCCAUCAAGAUCUCCAAGAGAAGCAGAGCAAUCUCACAAGAAAAGACAUCUGGCCUCUACCUCCUGCGGCAUGAGAGUAGCCAGCCUCUGGC